AUGAAGGCUGUCAAGCAGACGACUCCAGGAGAAACGCCAAAGUCUGUCAUAUCAACGCAUGAAAUGGAUCCUACCAAAGAUCAGGGCAAGAACACGCCAUUAGCAGAUCUCUUCGGCCCGAAGUACCCUGUCGACAACGACGACAUUGGCUUCAUCAUUCGAACCGGAUUUGAGGUGCAGGUCAGGUUGAUGGUUGCUCUGGAGACAUGGCUUGAUUCGCAAAGUGUGAAUCAGGAUCAUGUGGUCAUGUUCAGUGAUAGGGAGACGAAAUUGAAGGGUAGACACAUCCAGGACGCAAUCAAGCUCGUGCCGAAGUGGGUCAGUCAUAUCAAGACGAAUCCGCGGUUUGAGUACUAUCGCAAAGUUUCAAAGAUGCCCAAAGGUGCCGCAAUCGACCCAAAUACUUUCGUCCGUGGCGAAGCUUGGCAGUUUGAUGCAAUCAAGCAAGUUGCAACUUUUGCACUUGGUGUACAGCAACUACUCAAACGUGGGAAGUACAAAUGGAUUGCUCUUGUGGAUGAUGAUACCUACGUACAUGUUCCUUCAUUACAGGCUGUUUUAUCCCGCUUCGACUCCAACAAACCUCUUGUAUUGGGCAAUAUUUUUACGGACAAAGAAAUCUCUUAUAUGCAUGGAGGAAGUGGUAUAUACGUGUCUGCAAACGCUAUACAGAGGCUAUUUGUGGACGCACCAGAACUGGUCGAAGAGAUGCUGGACACAGGAGCGCAUACCACAUUGGGCGAUCAGCACAUCUCAAUUUACCUGAAAAAAGCAGGGGCGCUCCUGGAAAGGACAUCAGUACACGCCUUUCAUGAAUAUUGGAUCGAAACUGAGUAUGUUCAAGGUGCAUGGUACUGUCAGUACUCUGCUUCUUGGCACCAGUACGGUCCAGAUGGGGUUCGUUUUUUGCACCAGACGCUUCAAACAAUAGGUGUCAAUCGGCCCAUUCGCUUCUACGAGAUUGUGGAAGCGCACCCGUUUUAUGCUGAUAGUUCGUUGUGGAAACGAGAGGGCCGCAGCUAUACUGCUUGUUAUGCCAAGGGCCAUUAUGAACAGCCGUGUGAGGUCUUCAAACGUGGCGAGAAUGGCACACAAGAGCUCGAUGCUCCAUCUUGCGAGAAAAUGUGUAUAGAGGACAGGGAGGAUAGCUGUGCGGCAUGGUCUUUUGAUGGACUUGCAUGUCAGCUCAGCAAGGGCUUCUCCUUGCACGGAUGGCAGGUCCGUGGUACGGUAUCUGGUGUCAACAAGGCGUUGAUAGGUCUCUGGCGAGCAGAAUGUCAGGGUAAAUCUAAAUAG